AUGAACCCACCCCGCGAAAUGGAGGACUGGGAGGCUCCAAUGUCCGAUAUACGCGACUGGACGUACAUCCUGAUCGGGGUCUUUGGCUUUGAAAAUGUCAAGGCGUUGAGGGAGAGGGCUCUGGAAACCCCGUUGAAUGAGAGGGACGCGAUGUUACUAGCCUGCGAGGGUGAGGUUUUGAGGAGCAAUAUUCCUAUCGUACCGAGUCACGAGCUGCCUAUUCACCCAUUCGAUACUCACCGACACUUGCUAUCGAUCCUGAACGGCAUGGACUAUGUCCCCGGCGAGGUCCCGGACGACGCGCCGACCCUGCGUACUGGCGAAUACAUUCGGUGGUUCCUCUUAACUCUCCUUGGAAAAUUCCGCUACGACGAUAGGAAGGCCUGGGAAGAGCAGGAGGUAGUCUGGCGUAGCGUACAACUACAGCACGAUCCGCAUACCGAGCCCGACGACUGGGAGGACUUCAUGCGCAGCAGGAGGGACGAAGAGACCCGGAACCGUCCCGCCAGUCGCGAUGAGAUAACCAACAACGUAUACAACAAUAUGUCGCCGGUCAGCCCAUCGGGGUUGGCGGCGACAAUGCCAAAUCUCCCGCCUCAGCUUCAUCACUGGCACGAGGCAUUCCAAGCAGCCUCGCCGACGCUGCAGCCACCAUUUUCCAUCCUCGAUGCUAGAUACCCGUACGGCUUCGCUCCAUCACGCUGA